AUGAAAUUAAUCACAGAUUUAGAGAAUCUUUUACACAAAGAGAGGAAGACCGCUCGAAGACUUAGUCAGGUCACUGUAGAACAUGGUCACAGUUACCUUUUAAACGACCUAACUAUUUCCUUCAUCUUGUACUACCUCGCCUCUCGUUACAUCCACCUCCUCCCCCACAACCUCUCCUGUCUCGCAUGGCCUGUUUACUGGUUCUUUCAAUCCUCUGUCCUCGGUGGUGUUUGGGUCAUAGCACAUGAAUGUGGCCACCAUGCCUUCAGUAACUACCAAUGGGUCGAUGACACCGUUGGGUUUCUGCUACAUUCUGCUCUCCUUGUCCCUUAUUUCUCUUGGAAACACAGUCACCGCCGCCACCAUUCCAACACCGCUUCACUUGAACGUGAGGAAGUCUUCGUCCCUAAACUAAAAUCUAAUCUCCCUUCAUUAGUUAUCUGCCUAAACAACCCACCUGGUCGAGUCCUUUAUAUCUUGUUCAUCCACACCCUAGGCUGGCCUCUGUACCUAAUGUUCAACUAUGGUGGCAGGAACUACGAUAGGUUUGCAUGCCACUUUUACCCAAAAAGCCCUAUUUACUCGAAAAGUGAACGCACUCAGAUCAUUGUUUCUGAUGUCGGGGUCAUGAUUGUCGCUUACCUCCUCUAUAAUCUAGUAAUGACCAAGGGGCUCACAUGGGUGUUCUGUACGUAUGGCGUGCCACUGCUCAUUGUCAACACUUCACUUAUUUGUGUUACAUUCUUGCAUCACACGCACUCUUCGUUGCCCCAUUAUGAUUCGACGGAAUGGGAUUGGCUGAGGGGAGCUCUAUCAACAGUCGAUAGAGAUUAUGGGAUCUUGAACAUAACUGGCCACAACAUCACUAAUACCCACGUCACCCAUCAUUUGUUCCCUAAAAUACCUCAUUAUCAUGCAAUGGAAGCCACGAAAGCAAUCAAGCCCAUAUUGAAAGAUUAUUACAGGUUUGAUGACACACCGAUUCUGAAAGCCUUAUACAGAGAAGCAAAAGAAUGCGUAUAUGUUAAAUCAGAUGAUAAUGAAGUGGCCAAAGGUGUCUUCUGGUUUGACAAUAAGUUUUAA